ACAACUUCGGCUAUGAUCACUGAAGUUAGCACCUUCCUUCAUUGAAGAUGUCUGGCUUCAUCUCCUACAUCAGCAGGAAUGAGGUGGAACGUGGGAAAGAGACCUUCAAGUCUUAUUUAAUUGAUGAAGAGGAAGAAGAAAAUGAUGAUGAACUUAACAAACGUGCCUCAGCAUUUUUCCAAACAGAUCUUGCUCCACACAUGUUACCAGGCGAACGCUUGGUUACAGAGGCAGAUAGUGUGUUGAGUUUCACGCCCUUUACAGAGAAGAAAAAGGGCAUUUCAGGAAAACUGUUUGUUACUAACUUCAAGGUCUGCUUCCUGACUGCUGAUCGAUCGUCAUAUGAAGGGCCUUCAGCAAAAAGACAGCGAAACAAACUAAUUAGAGACACAGACAUUCCACUUACUUGCAUUGAUGCUAUUUAUCAGGUUGUGUCAGGGAAAAGGAGAAAGUUGACACCAGGAACGACGGUUUCCAAUAUUACAAAAUAUUUAGAACUUCAUUGUAAGGACUUUAGAGUACAUACUUUUGGAUUUAAAUUUUCACCGAAAGACCAGAACAAGAAGUUAAUGAAUGCCAUUGUUCAUCAUGCUUAUCCAUCCAAAUCCAACCUGCUGUUUGCAUUUGACUAUGGCAAGAGUUUACCAAAGCAAGGUUAUAUGUGUGAUACUCCGCUCUAUGAAGAUGCCUCUGAUUGGGAGAUGGAACUUAACAUGUGUAAAUGUACUAAGUGGAGAGUGUCUGAAGUGAACCAGAACUUUGAAAUGUCUAUGAGUUUGCCAAAGCUCAUUGUGGUUCCUGGUGCAUUGUUUAACUCUGAUCUGAUGAAGGCGGCUGGUCACUAUGUCCAGGGACGUAUCCCUUGUUGGUGCUAUACACAUAAAAAUGGAGCAAGUCUUGUGAGGUCAGCUGAUCUGAUUCCAGACGCGGACACAAACUUUGAAGAAUUGAUGCUAAGUGCAGUCCAGAUGGCUGACCAACAUCUCGGAAAACCUGUUGUAUUUGACCUCCAGGAACAGUGUCCAUCAAUCAAGGAUGUCCAGCAGAGUUUUGAAAAGUUCAAAGAGUUGUGCCUGAUUGAAACAAAAAAGGAUUUCUUAGUGCAAGACUCGAGCUGGAUGUCCAGACUGGACGACACAGAGUGGUUACAUCAGAUACGAUAUUGUCUGCAGUGUGCCAGAGAAGUUGCAGACACUCUACAUAACAAAAAACGCACUGUCUUUAUCAAAGAAACUGAUGGCCGUCACUUCACUUGUUUAAUAUCCAGUCUGACACAAGUGAUGCUGAAUCCCAAAUGUCGCACCCAGGUUGGUCUGCAGGCGCUCAUACAACGUGAAUGGGUGGCUAUGGGCUAUCCUUUCCAGCGAAAUGGAGGCCUUAUUAUUAAGGACGGGGGUGAGGAGGUACAACUCUUCCUGUUGUUUCUCGAUUGUGUUUGGCAGAUUUUACAGCAGUUUCCAUCUGCUUUCUCUAUAUCUGAGACAUACUUGACGUCAGUGUGGGACUGUGCUAGUUGUGGUUUGUUUGAGACUUUUUUGUUUGAUUCCAUACACCAGCAAACACGUUUCACGAGUGAAGGUCGCAGUUUGCGACGGUUUCGUCUCCCACCAGUUUGGGACUGGUCACGACAGUUCAGCACUAGUGACCAAACUAUAUUUAAUAACCCUUUAUACCUCAUGAAGUGCAAUGUAAACUUGAAAAAGGCAAUCAAAGAGUCAAAACGUAAAGUUUUGUCUAAUUGUCAGAAGAUGGACAGGAAUGAGCUGUAUGCAUACAAGUUGAACAACAUGUACUCUGAUGACGCUGAGGACAAGGAUAUGAAUGUCAUUCUGCCUGAGUACGCUGCUCCUGUGAUAAAACUGUGGACACAAUGCUACAUAAGGUGGCAAGCUCCGGCACAAAUCAUUGGGGGAGGUAACCCAUCCCAGUACCUCCAGCAGUGCCUCAUAGUGGAGGAAAUCAUACACCUUCAACACCAGAUCGAACUUCUACAAAUGAAUUCCAAAAGACGCACUGUUAUGGCACGGCGACCUCAAAGCGACUUGAUUUUCAGUGUUGGUAUGGACAUGCCAACGUCAACAGAGUUUCUCACAAAUAUGGUCCUGUCGUCUUCGUUCCCAUUUUCGCCUGGUCCGUCCAAAGAAGAUCAGCAACUCAUGUUAACACCCAUCAGUGCGUAUCUAGUUAAUAGUGCCAUUGAUUAUGAUUACAGAAAUUCUGAGGACUGAUGAAAUUUGAUCUUGGUUCAACAUGCAACGCAUCAUCAACAAAGAUCUUAAAAUUCAGAGAUGGAUAGGUUAUCUAGUAACCAUUGUGUGAUACUAAAGGCUUCCUUCUUAAAUACCUCUAUAUAUGGUUUUAUGCAACAAACUGAGACAAAGUCUCAUGGUGACCUAUUCUAAUAUUCUUCAUCCGGUGUCGUGCAUGGUGCAUUGUGCGUCGUGCAUUGUGUGUCGUGCGUCCAUAAACAAUUUAAUACUUUUGACUUCUUCUCAAAAAACCCCUGAUCCAAUUUCAAUGAAAUUUUGCAGAAACUUUCCUUUGCCUAAGAUGAACCCCCCGGUGCUGAGGGAUGGGGCUAAAAGGGGUCAUAUUGACUCAUACUUCAAAAAUCUUCUUCUCAAGACCAAGAUAUGGUAUAAUCAAAUACUCUUCAUGAACGGAAGCAUCUUAAGGUGCUUUCCCAAAAUUGUGAAUUUCAUGGCCCCAGGGUCUCACAUAUCCCCGUGGGAUGGGGUAAAGUUUACUUAAGUUUAUAAAGGAAAACUGGAUUUUUGAGCAUAAUUUGUUUAAUUUUUUUUUUGAAAAAUUUCAAACUUGGUUAGAAUUAUGAGUGAAGGAUGAUGGCUUGAUGGUAUGCCCAUUUUGAUCCUGACUGACCCCCAGGGGCUGAUGGGUGGGGCCAAAAUGGGUCCUAUGGACUUAAAUUUCAAAAAUCUUCUUCUCAAGACCCAGGUAUAGUAGAAUCAAUACUCUUCAUGAAUGGAAGCAUCUUAAGGUGCUUUAGUCACCAGAAUGAGUCUCACAUUUCUUCCUGGGGAGGAAUAUUUUUUUUAGACUUCACUCUAAUUUUCAUAGAUUGUGUUUUUGAGCAUAUGGUUGGUUAUUUCCCACUGGAAAUAACUUUAUAAGAAUGAUCAGUAUAGGAUGACAGUUUUGAUGGUAUGCAUGUAUUGCCACUGACUGUAUUCAGUGUUACAAUUUCUGUUUCAUGACACUUGAUAACUAUCCUUUAUCCUUUAUAUUAAAUAUUGCUUAUCUCAGGUGACCAUCAAGGCCGCUUGGCCUCUUGUAAUCAUUACAUCUCCAUAAUAAUAAAUUUUAAUUUCGUUACCAACAGAUGAUUCUCUCUGGUAGAUGUGAUACUGGAGGCAAUCAAUCGUCGAUAUAAAUUGUCUUUUUUAUGUAUCUGAGGAAGAAAUGAUGCAAAUGAUGCAAUAUCAUUACAGCACUAAUAAGUGAUAAAUCCUUUAGUUAUAUUUGUAUUUUAAAUAAGUAAAGUAUGCAAUUAGGCUUUAUUAAAGAACAGGGUUCAAUUUAACCCUUGACCUCAGAGUCAAAUCACCAUUUGCUCCAAAUGAGAAGAGUCAAUGUUAGAAUCAUAUAGGUAUGACUUUUAAAAGUCAGGAAUCAGGACUGAAAUUUUGAGUUAAAUAUGUAGCUUCAAGGGUUGAAUUAAAACUCUGAUUUUCAUUUUUUUUUUUUUUUUUUUUGAAGUUUAUGUAAUAUUAAAAGAACAUAUGCAGGCAUAUAAUUAGAUCUUUAUUGAAGUCCCUAACAAAUAUACACCAAAUACAAAUAUGUUGGAAUUGUGAGCUAUUUUGGUCGCUGUAAAAUUUUGAUCGCUGAUGCAUCAUACCAUUGUGUCCUUCUUCUGGUAUAUAUAUAUCUCUGAAAUAUCAGUUAAGUUGUAAUGGUACAUUUCAUGUAAACAUCAGCCGCAAACAAUUUCUUUUGACCAAAGUUAUAGAAAUGUAAAUGUACCAAUGCUGGCUUACAAUUAUUUUGUUAGAUUGUGUAAAAAAGGGAAGAGUUUUAUUGUCACACUAUAAAAAUGCUUUUUUUCCCCCAAAAAAAGCAAAAUUAUAUUUUCUUUUUUAAAAUGUCCAAAAUCAUACCAAACCCAUUGUUUAUG